AAAUAAAGACAAGCGGCGGGGAGGAGGCUUCCUUUGUAGCCGUGCUGAAAACUCCAUCUUCGGGGCAUGGGAGCAAACUGAGCCCAUCCUCCAUGAUUUCUGACAGAUAACAAAAAGGCCUCUGAGGUCAUUCUUUUGUAGGAAUUAAAAAGUAAUUAAAAUUUGCAGAAUGAAAAAAUGGCACACGCACUGCAUGCACAACCAGGGCCCGAUUGCUUCUUCCAAUUCACUCAGGAGUCACUUGCAGCAAUUGAGCAAAGGAUCACUGAGGAGAAAGCCAAACAAAAAGUAGAGCAAGAGCAAAAGGAGGAGGACCACGAUGAAAGCAAGCCGAAGCCAAAUACUGACUUGGAAGCAGGGAAGUCGUUGCCUUUUAUUUAUGGAGACAUUCCUUCUCGCUUCGUGUCUCAGCCCUUGGAAGACCUGGACCCUUAUUAUGCAAAUAAAAAAACAUUUAUAGUAUUGAAUAAAGGGAAGACUAUCUUCAGAUUCAGUGCCACACCUGCCUUAUACAUGCUGAGUCCUUUCAGUACUCUUAGAAGAAUUUCUAUAAAAAUUUUAGUUCAUUCAUAUCCUUUUACAACAGAACAUAAUCCAACAUUAUUCAGCAUCUUUAUUAUGUUUACUAUUCUCACAAACUGUGUAUUCAUGACUUUGAAAGACCCUCCUAAGUGGUCAUGGAUGGUAGAAUACACAUUCACUGGAAUAUAUACAUUUGAAUCCCUCAUAAAAAUCUUUGCAAGAGGUUUCUGUAUAGAUAAGUUUACUUUCCUUCGAGAUCCUUGGAAUUGGCUUGAUUUUCUUGUAAUUUCAUUUGCGUAUAUAACAGAAUUUGUAAAACUAGGCAAUGUGUCAGCUCUUCGAACUUUCAGAGUAUUGAGAGCUUUGAAAACUAUUUCUGUAAUCCCAGGCCUGAAGACAAUUGUAGGUGCCCUCAUUCAGUCUGUGAAGAAGCUUUCAGAUGUUAUGAUCUUGACUCUGUUUUGUCUGAGUGUGUUUGCACUAAUAGGAUUGCAGUUGUUUAUGGGUCACUUGAGGCAUAAAUGCUUGUAUUGGCCGAAUAACACUUCUCCUGAAGACCCACGCUUUAAGGAAUACUACAAUGGAACUGAGCUCUUGUGGUCUAAAUAUAUGGAAAAUAAAGAUCACUUUUACUACUUGGAAGGUGCAAAGGAUGCCUUGCUCUGCGGUAAUAGCUCAGAUGCUGGGCAGUGUCCAGAAGGAUACAUUUGUGUACCAUACGGUAGAAACCCAGACUAUGGCUAUACAAGCUUUGAUAGCUUUAGUUGGGCUUUCUUGUCACUCUUUCGCCUGAUGACUCAGGAUUACUGGGAGAACCUUUAUCAACAGACAUUGCGGGCUGCUGGCAAAGGGUACAUGUUCUUUUUCGUCGUGGUGAUUUUCCUGGGCUCUUUCUACCUUAUCAACCUGAUCUUGGCAGUAGUAGCGAUGGCCUAUGAUGAGCAAAAUCAAGCUACUAUUGAGGAAGCUCUCCGAAAAGAGACAGAGUAUCAGCAAAUGCUUGAGCAUCUGAAAAGGCAACAAGAGGAAGCUCAGGCACUGAUGGCAGCAGCAGCUUACAAAGAUUUCAGGGACGAUGGCACUCUUGGAAGACUUUCCGAAACAUCUUCAGAAUUAUCAAGUUCCAAAAGUGCUAAAGAAAGAAGAAACCGAAGGAAAAAAAGACGGCAAAGAGAAUUGUCUGUCGGCGAACCUGGAGGGAACAACAAAAUGUUUCCAAAAUCAGAAUCGGAUAGUAGCAUCCGAAGGAAAGGAUUUCGAUUUUCCUUGGAAGGGAAUAGACUCGCAUAUGAAAGCAGGGUCAUUUCUCCAUACCAGUCAAUACUGUUCCCCACAAGGAGCAAUAGCAGGGCCAGCUUCUCCAGCUUCAAAAGCCCAACCGUCGAAGGAGGCUCCGAUGCUGAUAGUGAACACAGCACCUUUGAAGAAAACGGAAGCCGGAACGGUUCCUAUUUUGUUGUACGCAGCCAUAGCGAACGUCGCAGCAGCAACAUUAGUCAGACCAUGUUUCCAAUGAAUGGGAAGAUGCAGAGCAGUGUGGACUGCAAUGGGGUGGUUUCCUUGGUAGGAGGACCACCUGUGCUCCUGUCGCCUACAGGACAGCUUCUCCCAGAGGUGAUAAUAGAUAAAGCAACUACCGAUGACAGUCCUACUACUUCUGAGAUGGAAAACAAAAAGAGGCAAUCCAGUUCUUUUCAGAUAUCGAUGGAUUUGCUAGAAGACCCCACCAUAAGGGAAAGAGCAAUGAGCAUAGCAAGCAUUAUCACAAACACAAUGGAAGAACUUGAAGAAUCAAGACAGAAAUGUCCACCAUGCUGGUAUAAGUUUGCCCACAAGUACUUGAUUUGGAAUUGUUCUGAUAGGUGGUUACAAAUAAAGAAAAUUAUUCAUUUAAUUGUGAUGGAUCCAUUUGUUGAUCUUGGAAUUACUAUCUGCAUUAUUUUAAAUACACUCUUCAUGAGCAUGGAACAUUAUCCAAUUGACGACUCCUUCAGUAGCAUUCUUAAAAAUGGAAAUCUGGUUUUCACUGGAAUCUUCACUGCAGAGAUGGUCCUCAAAAUAGUUGCUAUGGAUCCUUAUUAUUAUUUCCAAGAAGGCUGGAAUAUUUUUGAUAGCAUCAUUGUCACCUUGAGUUUAAUGGAGCUGGGCCUUCAAAAUGUGGAGGGAUUGUCAGUCUUAAGAUCUUUCAGACUGCUUCGAGUGUUCAAACUGGCAAAGUCUUGGCCAACUCUAAACAUGCUAAUAAAGAUCAUUGGGAACUCAGUUGGAGCUUUAGGAAACUUGACCUUGGUACUCGCUAUCAUUGUCUUCAUAUUUGCUGUGGUUGGUAUGCAGCUGUUUGGUAAAAACUAUGACAUGUGUAAAUGCAAAAUUUCAGAAGACUGUACACUUCCACGCUGGCACAUGAAUGACUUUUUCCACUCAUUCUUGAUUGUGUUCCGAGUUCUUUGUGGAGAAUGGAUAGAAACCAUGUGGGACUGUAUGGAGGUUUCAGGUCAACCCCUUUGCCUGACAGUUUUUAUGAUGGUGAUGGUGAUUGGAAACCUUGUGCUUCUAAACCUCUUCCUGGCAUUAUUAUUGAGUUCUUUCAGUUCAGACAGCCUUGCUGCUCCAGAGCAGGAAACUGAAGCAAAUAAUCUACAGAUUGCUAUAUCAAGAAUUCAGAGGGGAAUAAAUUACAUAAAGAGGAAGAUAUGUGAAUUUGUGCAAAUUGUUUUUUUGCAAAGAUGCAAGGCCACUUCUGGAUUAAGUGCAGCUGAUCAACAAAACGAUAAGGAAGAUCAGUGCAUUCCCAACCAUACCAUAGUAGAGAUCAACCAAACUUUUGGCUAUCAGAGGCCUAGAAUGACUACCAGCUGCGUGGACAACACUGAUCACAUGUCAUUCAUAAACAACCCAAAUCUUACUGUGACUGUACCGAUAGCAGUGGGAGAGUCUGAUUUUGAACAUUUCAACACAGAGGAACUUACCAGCAUAUCCGAAGUUGAAGAAACCAAAGAAGUUUCCUUAGUCAGUUUAAUUGCCAAUGCCUUGGACUAUUCUGAACUUGGUCCUAUUAAAUCGCUUCGCACCCUGAGAGCUUUGAGACCUUUAAGGGCCUUAUCCCGCUUUGAAGGAAUGAGGGUGGUGGUGAAUGCCUUGGUAGGAGCCAUACCCUCAAUUAUGAAUGUGCUUCUUGUUUGUCUUAUAUUCUGGCUAAUUUUCAGCAUCAUGGGUGUAAAUCUGUUCGCUGGUACAUUCUUUGAAUGUGUAAAUAAAACAGAUGGAGUAAGGAUUUCACAUUUGAUCGUCCCAUUUAAAAAUGUCUGUGAGACUUUAGACUAUGCCAGAUGGAGAAAUGUUAAAGUCAACUUUGACAAUGUUGCUGCUGGGUAUCUCUCUCUUCUUCAAGUUGCUACCUUUAAAGGAUGGAUGGAAAUAAUGUAUGCUGCUGUUGAUUCAACAGGAAUAGAAGAGCAACCCCAAUAUGAGCAUAACCUGUAUAUGUAUCUUUACUUUGUUGGCUUCAUUAUAUUUGGUUCAUUCUUCACUUUGAAUCUGUUCAUUGGCGUCAUCAUUGAUAAUUUCAACCAGCAGAAAAAGAAGUUAGGAGGUCAAGAUAUUUUUAUGACAGAAGAACAGAAAAAAUAUUAUAAUGCCAUGAAAAAAUUGGGAUCAAAAAAACCACAGAAACCUAUACCAAGGCCAUCAAAUAAAAUACAAGGCUUUGUUUUUGAUUUUGUAACCAAACAAGCCUUUGACAUCGGCAUUAUGAUUCUUAUCUGCCUUAACAUGAUUACCAUGAUGGUGGAAACAGCUGACCAGGAUACUUCUGUAGAAGAUAUUUUAUAUUGGAUUAAUUUGAUUUUUAUUGUCCUUUUUACUGCGGAGUGUCUCCUGAAAUUGAUUGCUCUCCGUUACUAUUAUUUCACUAUUGGCUGGAAUAUAUUUGAUUUUGUGGUUGUCAUAUUCUCCAUUGUAGGUAUGUGCCUGUCAAAGAUCAUUGAGAAAUUCUUUGUAUCCCCCACUUUGUUUCGAGUGGUCCGACUUGCCCGGAUAGGUCGAAUCCUGCGUCUAAUCAAGGGGGCAAAGGGGAUCCGCACUCUGCUUUUUGCCUUGAUGAUGUCUCUCCCUGCCUUGUUCAACAUUGGUCUCCUCCUUUUCCUGGUCAUGUUCAUCUACGCCAUAUUUGGAAUGUCCCAAUUUGCCUAUGUUAAAAGGGAAGCUGGGAUUGAUGACAUGUUCAAUUUUGAAACUUUUGCAAACAAGCUACAUUAUCAUCUCAUUUUUAGUUGUAGUGAACAUGUACAUUGCUGUCAUUUUGGAGAACUUCAGUGUGGCUACCGAAGAAAGUGCUGAACCACUAGGGGAAGAUGACUUUGAGAUGUUCUACGAGGUCUGGGAAAAGUUUGAUCCAGGUGCAACACAGUUUAUAGAGCUCAGCAAGCUCUUUGAUUUUGCUGCCUCGCUAGAGCCCCCUCUGCUAAUACCAAAGCCAAACAAAGUUCAGCUAAUUGCAAUGGACCUGCCCAUUGUGAGUGGUGACAGGAUUCACUGCCUGGAUAUCUUAUUCGCCUUUACAAAGCGUGUCUUGGGGGAAAGCGAUGAAAUGGACUCCCUCCGAGUGCAAAUGGAAGACCGGUUUAUGGCUGCUAACCCCUCAAAAGUCUCCUAUGAACCAAUUACAACCACCCUGAAACGGAAACUUGAGGAGCAAUCGGCAAGGGUUAUUCAGAGAGCCUUUAGGCAUUAUCGUCUGAGGAAACCAGUGUGCAAUACUGACGUGCAAUACUUAAACAGGAAUAUUUUUCCUUGCAAAGCAGAAAUGGAGUUUGAUAAAUUUAGUUUGAGCUUAACUCUGGAAAAGACAGAAAGAAGCUCCUCCACAACUUCACCUCCUUCCUAUGAUAGUGUAACAAAACCAGACAAAUAUGAACAAGAAAAGUCAGAAAAAGAAGAAAAAGGUAAAGAUGACAAGGAUUAUAGAAAGUAACCCUGAAGUAGGCCUAUCAUUGUAUCUAUACCAAAUUGUUUACAACAUCAGAAAGGUAAUGCUGAUACCACACACACUGAAAGCUUAUGCCAAACUGACCAUUUCUACUAUAUGAUAUCAGCAUAAUAUAUUCAUGCAUCCAAGGUACUUGUAAUUUUAUCGUUGACUGCAUAGUAUGGUAACAGACUUAUGAGGACAAGAACAAUUCUUCUUACCAGCUUGCACAGAUGAAGAGGACUCACAAAAUUACUAUAGGCUGUAAGACUGCAUUAGCACUUGUGUGUGUGUGUGCGUGUGUGUGUGAGUUCACGACAACAACCAAAAAUUAUUCCCUUGCUGCAGUAAUUGUAUCCAAUUGCCAUUUACGUCAUGUUUGACAAAAUUGUUAGUGCAGUUGUAUUUCUGUUUACAAAUCGUGAUUAUGUCCAGCAACAGAAUUGAUUUUUCACAGAUUUAGAUAUAGAUAUACAUACAUAUAUAUUUAACUUUAUUACUUAUAAUAGUGAUAUGAUCAUUGGGGAAACUUGACCAUUGUAGGCUUAAAACUCUUGUCAGACAUUUGUAGGCUUGUGCAAAGUUUAUCUGCAAGAUCCUUCAGACCUGCAAGUCUCACCUUGGGGAAAAAUAUUGUCCAGCUAAGUUUACUAAAAACUGAGCCUACCAGAAAAGAAAUGAUGGGAAUCAAAAUAAGAGACUUGACUUCCAGUUGAAAGUCAGUGAAAAGCUUAAGAGAAUUGUAAGCAACUAGAAGUUCAGACCUUGAACUCAUGUGAUUGGAAGGAGCCAAAAGUGGGCAAGUUAGAAGCCCAACUGGAUAGUGAAGCGUAAGGACAGUGAAUGGUUGGCCACCUGGAGUGGAGGCACAUACUUCCCCUGAAAAGAAUAGGGUGUUUCCACAGCUUGUGAUUCUUUCAGGUAGCAGAAUUUCAGAUCUCUGGGGAGAACAUAUUUGGCAUUAUCCAUGAAGAUAGAUAAUGUUUCUUUGGCUAUUCAGCUUUCUUUUGUGCAGGCUGAGAGGGGCGGUUGGGCACAAUAGCAUAUGUGUGUUGCUUUCUGCCAUAGGUAGCGAACUACCAAUCUUCAUUAUUAGCUGUUGCCGAUUCCAGCCUUUAUUUGCGGUUUAUCACUGCUCAGGCCACUGGCUGUUUGAAUUUGACUAAACUCCACUCACCUUUAAAGAGACAGGUAGGUGCUUUAAGAAUAUAGGCUGGUGUCUGGCAUAACUCAAGUUACUCAAUGGAAAUUUGUGGGAUUUCCUUUCCCGAAAGAACCUGAAUUAGCUGCUACAUGGACUCCCAUCAAUUCUGACUAUUUUUUAUUUUUAUAGUUUCUCACGUUUGGGCAAUUCUUCGCCCUCAACUUCCACAGGUUUUAGUUUUCAGUUUGUAUAUACACAUACAAGUGUUUCUAUUGUAGAAGAGGAAUGUUUUUCUGAGGUGAUACUUUCUUAGGAGAAAAAUUCUUGAAUCCUGUGAGAUACGGUACAUAAGAAUGCAAAAGCCGAAAGGAUUUUACAUUCUCAUGUGUAUUCUCCUGUAACUACUUCUACAGGGGAAAAGAGAACUAUUAAAAAUAAUCAAAAAUAAAUACUCUUAACAGAUUUACAUAUUCUAAAAUACAGUACUAUAGCAUACUGAAUUUGAUGGUAAGAGUAGCUCUUACCAUUUGUUCAUGGAUUCACUGAUUUGAUUAAUUAAUUAAUUAAUUAAUUCAUUCAUUCAUUCAUUCAACAUUCUAAAAUAAUAUGACAACUACAGUAGGGUCUAGCAUCUUAAAAUGGUGUUUUAUGAGCUAUACCAAGUCUCUAGCACAUCAGGUAUCCCUUGAAUUUAUUUGGCCAGUUAGUGUACUGGUAUUUUCACACAUGUAUAGAUAACAGAUUUGCAUGAAGGCAUGCUCUACUACCUAACUCAUGCAUGAUGGAAAAGUAAGCAACUAACAAGGAGUCAUAACUUGUCCAAAUUUCAGGGUUGCAUAAUUGUUAAUUUUUUUUAACUUAUUCAUGCUGUAUAAUACAAGAUAAAGUUUCUAUACAGUUUAUAUAUGUUAGGUAAACCGAAUCAAAUAACAUGGUGACUUUUCUUCUCCUUUUAUUGUAAAUGUUCGUACCUGAAUCAGUAUAUUUCACAAUUUGUUUGCUAAACAGGAUUGUUUGUUUAUGUGAGUCAUAAUUGUUUUUACUGUUGUUGUUUUUUAAUUUAUGUUUAAGCCAUCCAGAGAUUACUAUAGCUGGAGUGGGCAGCUAUAGUAAUCUAAUAAAUUAAGUGAAAUAAGCCAAAAUAAUUAUACAUUUGGCUUAUUUAAAUAUGCCAUUUCUUUUUUCUUCCAAACUAGCUCUAGAAUUAUUGGAUAUGAUCUUUGAGCGUAGCCUAGCUCUCAAAAGAUUAUUGAAUCAUCAUCAUAUCUAUUUGAAAGAGAAUUGUUCAACACAUCUAGAACUGCAAAGGUUCUACAUUAGCUUCUUAAAUAUAUUUAAAUAUUUGAUUUAAAUGCCCACUCUAUAAAUACUGUGCUUACGUUGUGUCUAGAAAAAGUGCAGAUGUCAGGUGCUGCCUUAGGAAAGGUAUCCCACAUAACUUUCUCAUCAAGAGAAAGGAAGACUUUCUUCCUAUUAAGCUUUUGAAAAAUGAGCAAGAUUUUUAGAAAUUACUGUUUUAACCUCUGUGCAGUUCUGGUAAAUUCUACAGUUGUUGAAUGCUCAUUUACUGUAGUUGAGUGAAUAUUUUCUUUUUUAAAAAAGAUCAGUUGAUAGCUUUUCCUAUACUCUUUUUACUUUCAGAUAAGAGCUUUUUCACCUUAUAUACCUUAUAGGGGAAACAGAGAAAUCCUAAAUUAAUUGAAUAACGUGCUUGGAAAUGGAGCUAAUGUGUAUAAUUUAGUAAAAGUCCACAAUUUAUUCUGGUUAAAGUGAUUUGGAUUUUAUUGGCAGAUAAAUCUAUAUCUAUUGGUGCAGAAUGCCUUUGUUGCCUCGGAUACAUCUUUUUUUGUAGCCGUCAGACGGGAAAUCAUGUGUCUGAAGUUGAAAGAAACUAGUUGAAAUAUUAUUCUAUUUAUAUUUGAUGCUGCAUACCACUGUACAAUUUUUAUUAACUGAUUAUUCUAUGACACGAAACAUUACUGUACUAACAAGAUGUACUAUGAACAUGGUAAUUGGUUUAAAAUAUAAAUGUAUAAAACUUUUUAUAAAAGCAUAUUUUAUAUUAUUUUUUUUAAUCACUUUGAUUUAUCAGCUUGCAGUUGAUAUGCUUGCUUUAAUGAUUUGAACCGGUAUUUUAUAAUACAGUUUAACACACCAGUGGGGGUGGGGAACAAUCAGGUUGUUAUUGCUAUGUUUGUUUCUGU